AUUUCCAAUCCAUCACCAUCAGUUCUUUCUACUGAAAAGCACAACAAAAAAUGGCUAAUCCAUCAAUUUUCCUUGUUCCAAUUCUUGCUUUGUUCUUCGUAUCAGCUAACGCCAGAGUUUUCCCCACAAGAACAAUUCCCCUCGACGACUCCUCACCCUUUAACAACUUCACUUUUGUCUGUGAUUCUUCGAGAUAUGCCAAUCUUGGCUUAGACAUUUCACAAUAUCGCUUCUGUGACUCAUCUCUCUCCUUCUCCGAGAGGGCUAAAGAUUUGGUAGAUAGAAUGACUUUGACUGAGAAAGUUGCUCAACUCGGCCACCGUGCUGCCGGAGUAGCCCGCAUUGGGCUGCCACCGUAUAAUUGGUGGUCGGAGGCUCUCCACGGYGUCUCCAACGUCGGCCCCGGCACCCGAUUUGAUGAUGUUGUGCCGGGUGCCACUAGCUUCCCCACUGUCAUUACCACUGCAGCUUCUUUCAAUGAAGCCCUCUGGAAAACAAUUGGCGAAGCUGUGUCAACUGAAGCAAGAGCAAUGUACAAUCUGGGGAGGGCUGGAUUGACAUAUUGGAGUCCUAACAUCAAUGUGGUUCGAGAUCCAAGAUGGGGACGAACCUUGGAAACGCCCGGUGAAGACCCUCUCGUCGUCGGUAAAUACGCUUCCAACUAUGUUAGAGGACUUCAAGAUGUUCAAGGAACUGAAAACACCAAAGAUUUGUACUCAAGACCUCUCAAGGUCUCGGCCUGUUGCAAGCACUAUGCUGCUUAUGAUGUCGACAAUUGGCUCGGGGUUGAUCGUUAUCAUUUCGAUGCCAGGGUGACUGAGCAAGACAUGUUGGAGACAUUCCUCAAGCCAUUUGAGAUGUGUGUGAAAGAAGGAGAUGUUAGUAGUGUGAUGUGCUCUUACAACAGAGUUAAUGGCAUUCCAACUUGUGCUGAUCCAGUUCUCUUGAAGGACACCAUUAGAGGCAAUUGGGACCUUCAUGGAUACAUAGUCUCAGACUGUGACUCAAUUGAAGUUUUUGUUGAUGAUGCACAUUUUCUCCAAGACACAAAUGAAGAUGCUGUUGCUCAAACUCUCAAAGCAGGGUUGGAUUUGGACUGUGGAAUUUUCUAUCCAAAUUACACAGAGGGGUCAGUAAGGCAAGGGAAAGUGGGAGUGAAAGACAUUGACAGAUCUCUAAACUAUCUAUACAUUGUUCUAAUGAGACUUGGAUUUUUUGAUGGCAACCGUAAUUUCCAAUCACUUGGAAAACAAGAUAUUUGCUCUGAUGAACACAUAGAAUUGGCCACAGAUGCUGCCAGACAAGGCAUAGUUUUGCUCAAGAAUGAUAACAGCACUCUGCCUCUUGAUCCCAAACAUGUCAAAACCGUAGCUGUUGUUGGACCCCAUGCCAAUGCCACUUCUGCCAUGAUCGGCAACUAUGCAGGAGUACCAUGCCGAUUGAAGUCUCCGCUGGACGGGGUGGCGGAAUUUGCAAAAGUGAACUACCAAAUGGGCUGCGAGAACGUGGCUUGCAAAAACGACACCUUCAUAU